AUGACAACGCGGGCAUUAGCACAAGCCCAAAGGGAAGAAGAGUUUAUGCGAACUGCAGAUACAGUUAAUAGAUUUGUUAUAUCAACAGUGCAAUUUCUAAACCGUUUUGCUGCUCAAUGUGAUGCUAAACUAUUUGAGACAAACCGUUCACUUCAACGUCUUGAAUCACUUACUGCGCUUCUUGAAUACAAACUCAAUAGUGUUGAUGAUGAGUUUGAUGAAAUUGAACCCACAGGGGCUCCUUUUUCUGCUCUAUCCCCAUCACCCCAAACACAGAAUGGAAGUAGUGGUGUUGGUGGUAAUUUAGGAACUUUAACUAUUCUUGACCGGAAUAUUCCCCCGCCCAUGCCGGGGCUCUUAACAUCAGCAGACAAUCGUCACCGACCACCACCGCCGCCACCAUCACAUCAGCAACUCCAGCGUCGUGGACCACCACCGCCGCCUGGUGUGAUGAUAGCGACAAACUCCAGUGGAGUAACUUUAGUACCGCAGGUGUCUGCAGUAGCGGGGCCAUCACCUGUUUUGUUGCUUCAACCACCACCAGGUUUUGUUCCACCCCAACCCCCACCAAUGCCAUUGCUGGGAGGAUAUACAAUGUCCACUCAUCCACGAUUACAAGGAUAUUUUGAUAUGCUGGCAUUACGAGUACCAAUAGAGGCUAUAAAAGCAAAGAUGCAAGCAGAUGGAUAUCAACCAGAGUGGCUUGAUACUCCAGAUGCUCUUGCACCUUCUACAUUAUCAGCUACAGAGAAUGUUUUAUAUGAAUCAGAUUGA